UGCAUCGAGAGAGGCAUAAUAAUUGUUUAAGAGAAGAAUAUUUGUUUCCCAUUGGCGCUCCCAUGUCUUCUAAAUCACUAAUUUCUUUUGUGAUUUAUGGUUUUCUUCUUCUUUCCCCUUGUAACUCUUUGAAGGACAAUCCCGAUGAAGGAACGAGAGAAUAUUUUCAUUCUCUCAAAAUCAAUUCUCUCCCAUUAUCAGAAGUCUGCAAGGAAUCUUCCAAAGCUCUCAACGAGGGUUCAUCAUCCCUAAAAUUAGUACACAGGUUCGGUCCAUGCAAUCCACACAGAACAUCAACUGCUCCAGCAUCAUCCUUCAACGAAAUCCUCCGUCGAGACAAACUUCGAGUGGACUCAAUUAUUCAGGCCAGGCGUUCAUUGAACUUGACCGGCAGUGUUGAGCACAUGAAGAGUAGUGUCCCGUUCUAUGGUCUAUCCAAAAUCACUGCAAGUGACUAUAUUGUCAACGUUGGAAUCGGCACGCCCAAGAAGGAAAUGCCACUUAUAUUUGACACAGGCAGUGGUCUCAUUUGGACUCAAUGUAAGCCAUGCAAGACUUGCUAUCCAAAAGUGCCUGUGUUCGAUCCAACCAAGUCAGCUUCAUUCAAAGGCCUUCCAUGUUCCUCAAAGCUAUGCCAAUCAAUCGGGCAAGGAUGCUCCUCUUCGAAGUGCACCUACGAAAGUGCAUAUGUAGACAACAGCAGCUCCACAGGAACUUGGGCCACCGAAACAAUAUCCUUUAGCCAUUUAAAGUACGACUUCAAGAACAUUUUGAUUGGAUGCAGCGAUCAAGUAUCUGGUGAUUCAGAUGGAGAAUCUGGUAUAAUGGGACUAAACCGCGAGCCUAUAUCUUUUGCAUCACAAACUGCUAAUAUAUACAACAAACUCUUCUCUUAUUGUAUACCGUCAACUCCUGGCUCAACUGGUCAUCUUACUUUCGGCGGCGAAGUGUCGAACGAUGUGAGAUUCUCCCCAGUAUCUAAAACAGCACCAUCUUCGGACUACGACAUCAAAAUGACUGGAAUUAGUGUUGGAGGCCGUAAACUAUUAAUAGAUGCAUCGGCUUUUAAGAUUGCUAGCACCAUCGACUCCGGUGCAGUGCUCACUCGGCUGAGAAAUGUUGAAAGGUUAUCCUUUGUCGGCCCAAGAUAUCUUUCUAGACACAUGCUAUGACUUCAGUAAUUAUAGCACGGUUGCAAUACCUUCGAUUAGUGUGUUCUUCAAAGGUGGCGUAGAGAUGGAUAUCGAUGUUUCGGGGAUCAUGUUGCAAUUUCCAGCAGGGAGCAAGGUGUACUGCUUGGCAUUUGCAGAAUUGGAUGACGAAGUUUCAAUCUUUGGGAAUUUUCAGCAAAAGACUUACACUAUAGUCUUUGAUGGUGCGAAGGAAAGGAUUGGGUUUGCCCCCGGUGGCUGUGACUAAAAUGGAAAAAAAAUAAUCUUGGAGCACUAGCUCUAAAUUAUAAUAUACCAAUAAAAUGGUUUGAUUUUAUAUU